CUGCCAGCUUAGCGUUUUGACAUGAGUCUUGUGCAUAGUGCAGAGCUUCCCGUUUAAUUUAGAUGCAGCUAUUUAUUCAUGUUCACGUGAACAAUUUGAAUUAAUAAAGAUUAUUAGACAGCUGUUAGCUCUGUUUUAUAACCCGUCCUGGCAUUUCUCUGAUACCUGUGGAGGUUGUGGCGAAUAGACUAGAAUAGAAAAGGUAAAAAGUUUUGAGUCACCCCUCUAAAACGUUUAUUGUAAAACCUUUUUAUAUUUAAAAUAGUUUGAAUUCUAUCCAAACCAAAUAUUUUGUCAAAGCUGUUGACAAUAAUACUACACUUGAGGUAGAUAAGGGUCAACUAUAUUAUGAAGGGACCUUUUAAUUAGUGUUUUUUCAUACUAUUUAUUGUGUGUAUGUAUUAUUAUUAUUAUUUUGGCAUUCACUGUUAUUUAGACUACCCUGAAAAUAUUCCAGUAUAAAAGAAAGCUUAUGAUAAUAUGAAAACCUAAAGAUGUGCUUUAUUUUUUGCAGACUCUCAUGGCGAUAAAAUGCUUCCGAAUAGCAGUUUUGUCUCAAAAAUAUAAACUCUGCCCGCGAGGCAAGUCUUCUUGCUGUUUUAUGAGCCAUCGAAGUGCUUCUUAGCACCAAGUUAACACGCGGUGGUUUUAAAUGGCUUUACAUACAUAAAAAAAAAGCUUUAAAGUGUGAUGUGUGCUGUUAUUGGUGCUGAUGUUGAGGGGUUGGGCUCAGCGACUCCACUGUCACAACCCAAAAGCGCACCGAUCCAUCACACAACAUCAGUUUAGGAAGAGCGAGCGGGCAAGGAUGCAGCAAAACCGGACUUCUAACCAGGGGACUGCUUAAAGAGCAGUUUUAUUAUCGUUUUUUUCUUUUGGGUGGACAAUCGCAUCCACGCAUAAUCGUGUUAGGAUAUGCGAGUGUUGCAGAGGAAAGGCGCGCAGCCAGAUGAGCAGAGCUAAGAGGAUUUAAUGCAGCUGGACACGAGCCGCGCUGAGUAAAGAAGAAGAUUAUAUUGUUUUAAUCAAAUGCGAAGAAGUUUUUAUUGCUGCUCACUUUGAGUUUGAACUGUCGAGGAGUGAUGUUUGUCUUGAAGCACUACGAUAACUACGCUGUAAGGAUGCUCGCCGCGCAGAGAUGCACGGGUCCAACUCUACAGUAAAAGGGAAUACUGACAGAAGACCUUGCCACGAGUCGACCUGAUCUUUGCCAAGCCAGAUCUGGACUCUAAAAAACCCCCCCAAAAAACACAUGAAGAUGUGCCAGUGUUACUCUGCCCUGCUUAUGGUCUGUUUACACAUGGUGACAUGUGGAGCAGAGCUCAGAGCAGCUGUGUCUCCUCUUGGUUGGGGAGAGAGCGAUAAGGAGGAAAGUGUCUCUCCUUACGGCUUUCGUUCAGGGAUUCUCAAAUCCCUGCGGCUUUUCUCCCACACGUCCCAAUCUAACAGCCAGAGCCGUGAAACUGCUCCAGGUCCCGGGGCACUGGAUCUGUGGGCCUGGUUAUCCAACCACACUGAUACCGAAGGAACCCUCUCGAGGGCCAAACGUCGCCCCUAUGUGAAAACGGGCAAGUUUAAGAAGAUGUUUGGCUGGGGCGACUUCCAUUCGAACAUCAAAACGGUCAAGCUAAACCUUCUGAUUACUGGGAAGAUCGUUGACCAUGGCAACGGAACCUUUAGCGUCUAUUUCCGCCACAACUCCACCGGCUUGGGCAACGUGUCCGUCAGCCUGGUCCCGCCCUCCAAGGCCGUCGAUUUUGAGAUCACUCAACAGGAGACCAUAGAGGUGCCCAAAGACCAUAAGGCCUUCAAUUGUCGAGUGGAAUAUGAGAAGACGGACCGCAGCAAGAGGACGUCCGUUUGCAGCGACUUCCCGAACAGGGUAUGUUUCCAGGAACAGACCCAAAGCCAUGUGUCUUGGCUUUGCUCCAAGCCCUUCAAGGUCAUCUGCAUCUACAUUGACUUCUUCAGUGCUGACUAUAAGCUAGUACAGAAGGUCUGCCCAGACUACAACUACCACAGUGACACUCCCUAUACCUCUGUGGGAUAGCACAGCCUGGAUUGGAUGUGUCGAUGAGGUGUCAUCUCGAUGUUACAGCCUGUCUAGCCUGUAGUUUCCUUGUUCUUCUGUUCCAUAAAGAACUGGAUGAAUGGAAACAAAGAUCGGAUGAGGAACCACUCUUUUGAUUCUAUCCCACUCGUCCUCUUAGGGCAGUCGAUGACAGGAAUAGUUCACCCAAAAAAGAAAUUUUCCACAGAAAAAAAAUCUGUCAACAAAAUGAGGAGUUAAGGACUUUUUUUUUUUUUUUUUUUUUUUUUGGGUGAAUCCAGGCUUAAGACCUGAUUUCCUGACGGCUGUUUCUUGUGUUUGACAUUUAGAUUGGACAAGACCACAUCUAUGGUUUCCACAGUGACCCCCGACCCUUUCUCAGUGAUUCUUGUGACGUCAUCAGUGUGAAGUUUUAAAUUUUCCUAAAUGAAUUUCCCAAUCAACUUAAGCUGGGAUUCAAGAACAGAACAAAAAAAAAAAAAAAAAAGUAAAACAUCUCGUAUUGCAGCCAUUUGUGAUGCCCUCCUUUUCAUUCCAGCAUAUUUUUGUGUUCACAGAAACAUUGUCAGUAACUAAGAUUAAUGUUAAAGCCAUAAUGUGCUCCUCGGUUCUUCUGAAUUUUGUUUUUUUCGGUUAUUAAAGAAAAGACUAGAUUUAAAUUUC